GACGGGGGCAAAAUACUUUGUUUCCAAAAAGACACGUUACGAUGUGUCUUUUGUACUUUCACCUCCCACCGCCGUCAUGUGGCACUGUGCAGCAUCCAAUCAGCGAGAGGAGGAGAACACCCACACCCCAGAAUCUGAAUGCGGCUUUGGCGCAUUAUAAAUACCACUUGUGAUGCACCGGCAAGUCUUGGUCGUGAGGAAGCUCAGGGUUGCAGUAGUACAUCAGUCCUUUUUCUUUCCAUAACAAAGAAGACCAUCAUCCAUCUUUUUUUUUUUCUCCCCAAUUUCAGUUCAUUUCAGGCCAGUUGCAUGCAUUGUUCGUCUCCAAAAAUGGUUUGCGAGACUAAAAUUGUUGCAGACGAACACGAGGCCAUAGCUGGGACCAAAAAAGAUUCAAUUAUAGUUUCCUCCUCGCAAAUGUGGACGUCUUCUUCUGCGUCCCCCAGUGCGCUCGAGAGUAAGAUUGAGAAACGGAACCAGGUUUUUAUCCGCGAGUUUGAACGCUCGGACCAUGAGGAGGUGCGGCGGAUCUUCAACGAGGGGAUCAUGGAGCGGAUACCCAAUUCGGCAUUUCGGGGUCUAAAACAGCAAACUACAACCCAGUUUAUGUAUGCGUUUCUCACAGGUGUCGUUUAUUUUUCUUCCAUUUCUCCAUAGUAAUGUGCUAUGUUAUGACCAAAUCCUUCACACUGACCUUCUGCGCACCGUUUAUUCUAAUGGGCGCACGUUAUUACUACAGCAGAAAAGUCAUUCUCAGCUACCUGGACUGCGCUCUGCACACCGAUAUGGCGGACAUUGAGGCAUAUUACAUGAAACCCACAGGGUCUUGUUUCUGGGUGGCGGUUCUGCAAGGUCAAGUGGUGGGCAUCGUGGCAGCGCAAAGUCGAGAAGAUGACAACACCGUGGAGCUCCGUCGCAUGUCAGUGGACUCUCACUUUCGCGGAAAAGGCAUCGCCAAGGCUCUGGGUCGGCGUGUUAUUGAAUUUGCCAUGUUAAACAACUACUCGGCUGUGGUUCUGGGAACAACAGCAGUCAAGAUGGCCGCCCACAAGCUGUACGAGUCUUUGGGUUUCCGACGAGUGGGAGAGACGGAGGACUACACGCUGCCAGGAAUGACCCGUUCACCGCUGGAGAGGCUCUUCUUCCAGAUUCGCUACAGCCACUACCGAUUGCAGCUUCACGAAGAGUGAGAGACGAAGAGUUCACUUGAACGCAGAAAACAGAAUACAAACGACGAUGCCGGCAACGACCCUGAACCACCCACCGAUCCGGUCCUCUUCUUCUACCUAUUAAUUUAUGUUUAAGUCAUAUCUGUUUCUACAUUUAGUUCUAUUCAUUCCUAUGCUCAUUGGUUCAUUUGAAAAGGUUAGGCGAAAUGUUUCAUUCUUUUAAUCACUCUAGACUUUUUCUUUGCUCUUAGUCUUUCUUUUCAUGGUCAUCUUGCCCUGAAACACAAUGAAGAAAUGAAUAGCCCUGUUGACUUUAUCUUAUUUGGAUAAACAAUUUCAAUUAAACACAAUAAUUAGCAGUUAAAUGAGCUUUUUUAAAAGCCAUCUUAUAGGCCGACCCGCAGAGUAGCACAGACCACACACACGUGAUUUAAGGAACUGGAGAGAAGGUAGUUAAUUCACCUUUUCAUGAGGAAGUGGUUUGAACCUUACAACAGCAGCAGUCUGGUGGAGUCAAACAGUCCAUCAAAUUGUAACUUUCUGUCCAAAUACACAGCAUUUUUAACUGUGUCCGACUAGACAUUUGGAUAUUAUAAAGCCAGUGAUUUCUACCCCUUGUUUAAUAGGUUAUGAUAACAUUGCAAUCUAUUUUUUAUUUGUUUUGAUGGUUGAGCAGUUUUCUAGUGCUGAGCCACAGCAUCAAUGUUAAGGUCAAAAAUGACCAGAAAACAGGAAAGUGACGUUUUUAAACUAAAAUACUAAAUUAACUUGAAACCUAAUCAUAAGGGUACACACAAUUCCUAUACUGUGAAAACACACAAUAGCUGUGGAACCAAUUUUAGCACAUAUCUAUUUGUGUAAAGAUUUGAUGGAGCUUCAAUAAUAACUCAAUUAAACUUUUGUAUACUAAUAGUUUCACCAUUCAGGUUUGGGGGAAAAUACUUACUGCAAAUUGACUGAAUUUCUUCCCAGUCUGAUAUUGCUCCUCCAAUGCAUUAUCUAAAAAAAAAAAAAAAGAACAAAUGCAAUCAAACUUAAAGUGAAUUUAAAAUAAAAAUACAAUCAGCAAUACAACGAUAAAAUGGAGAAAUUGAACCGAGCACAAAUCUAAAUUUGAAUAAGCAUAAAAAAAUGUUCACUGUAUAAGUAUACACUAUAAGGCUUUAUAUUCUUCAGCUAUUCGAUAUGUAUAUGUCAAAUAUUUGAAUACAUAUAUAUAUAUAUAUAUAUGACAUACCCAUAAUCUCUCUCCGUCUCUAUCUUCCUAUCACAGUACCAGCAGAGGGAGAGAUUCAAACCACAAUGAGCCUCAUCUGUGACAUAAUGUUGUAUAAAGUUAAGAAACUAAAUGUGAUUUAAAAAAUACAUAGAAGUAACUUGUAGUGCAUAAAAAAGAAAAAAAGAACAUGAACAUUGCCAGUUUUCCUUGACUUUAACCCCACCCCCAUCCAAAAAUCUGACUGCAACCCUGGGCCAGACCUCUCCCUCCCUUCAAACCCACACCCCUCUCUGCAUGCGCCACGGAGUCUUGUUGCGCUGCCUUUUCCCCUCCAUUGUAGCUUGUACUAUCCCCAUAUUUCCCUCCCUCUGUGAUGUCACAGUAGCAGUGUGGAGAGUCGUGGGUGUGGUUUAGAACGUGAGAUGGGUGGAGUCAACUAAAUAAUAGGACUACCCACCAGCUUGCUGCUUCAAUGACAUCACAGCUGCCAAUAGUAGAAUGCAAAAGCAAUGCAAGUAUGUGGCAUGCCUCUGUACCUGGUUUGUGCGUACGGUGCCUGCCCUGGUAAAGAAGUAUAUUUAAAAACUAUGUAAAACAAGCGUCUUUUUUUAACUGAACAUAUAAACAAAUACGUGUGUUUCAUUGUUCGAAGAAAUUGUUGUUGCAUGAAACGUCUUUGAAUGAAAAACGAGCAAGACAAAUACCAUCUUUAACACGGCAAGUCUUAAAAGUGGAGCUUUUUUUAAAUGUAUGUUCAUUUUCAUUCAGUAAAUUGUUUUAGGAUAUUGCGAGAUGUCCUUUUUAUCAGUAGAAGGCCUUGAAAAUGAUGCGAUGCUUUGACUAGAGAUCAGAUAUGUGACGCUUCUCGGUUUACUUGGGAGGAUGUCCCUGUUUUAGCUAUGCGAGUUGAAAUGAAUAAGGCAUCAAAAAUACAUUUCCCUAGAUACAACUUUGCUAGUUGCGUGUGCCAGUCAAAUUGGACGUAGCAUUCACCUGUCUCCCUUAAAAUGCCUAGUUAAGCUGUAUUUGAAUGCACUAGCAUCUUUAAGAAGAAAGAUUAAAUGGCAGAUCAAAUCUGUGAUGUGAUUUUCAACCGUGUAAACCCAAAGCAAACAGGCUAAAGUUCACACUCACUUGUGAUUGUGUGGCCAAAGCAAGCCAAAAACAAUCAGUACAUGAACAGUAUGAAAAUAUACCAGGAGAAUGAAGUUGUAGUCAAUCCCACAUAAAAAAAAAAAAUCCACAAAUGUCUUAACGGGAUUUACCACAGUGCUGGCAGAAGUGAAUGUAUACGGCGAUCAGCAAUGUAUUACAUAUAGAUCCAGAUUUGAACAGUGUUUGAUGUACUUGAGGUCUUUUGCUAUGAGUGUUAAUCUUCUUCUGUAGUGCGACUGCCUUGAAAAUCCUCACUUUAUUAUUCUGAAUGCAAUCAGCAUGGAAUAAGGGAUGUAUAAGGUGCAUGUGCUGUUCGCAGAUUGAAGAGAGCCUGUCUGUAUCGCAAGCAAGUGCAAGAACACCAUGAUCACUGCUUGCGGUUAACUAAGCUGUUGACCAGAUCAUGCAACUAGUUUUGCACAUGCUAAAGGCUCAAUUAAAUUGGAUGUAUGUGUACAGUUUGUGUGAUAUGCUGGUUUAGACUGGUGACUUGAUUGGCUGGUCUUUGAAAGUUGGAGCAGCAAGACAGAACUUGAAAAAGUUGUUAUGCAAGGAAAAAAAACUGGGGUUUUACCCAAGUCAUAAAAAAAAAGAAAAAAACACAACAACACAGAAAUAAAGUGCAUACUUUGUAUAUAUAUUUCUAGUGUUCGUUUGAAAGAAAAGUUGAUGAAAAGGCAUUCAGAUUGACCUUGGUAAGCUGCAUGAAACAGAUGGCUGCUAAGAAUGUUUCACUUAACAGUGGAGAAGGGAGUCAGGGAAGAUCCACACUGGUGGAUGGACUUGCUACAUCAUUGUCGCUCAUUAGAUAAUGUAUGGAACAAGACACCAAAGUGUGAAGCUGAUUCCUUCUCCUUUCAUUUUCCAGGUUGAUAGCACUCCCCUAACUGUAUUUUCCUUCCUUUAUUUUAUUUUUGUGUUCAACGAUAUAUCUAUAUUUUUAAAUAAGUGUUUAGUUUCUUGUUCUUAUGAUCCACUACAAUGUAUCAACAGUAUUUUUUAGGAGUUAAAUUUGCCAAAGUUGAGUAUAUUUCCUUCUUUUGCCGUUUGUCUUUAAGAUGUUGCCACAACUCAUCUUUGUAGACCUCAUUUGGAAGUCAAGCCUAUGUGCCAUUUUAUCAAGCAAUAAUACAAAGUAUCACAGUUGGGGGGAAAAAAAGAGAAACGAACAUGAUCCGUGAGAUUAUAAAAAUGUUCAAAUGCUGCAUUGAUGUUCAAUCCCUCAUACUUUACUGGUGACAGUCGCUAAGAUGUUAUUAGUAUUGGCACAGCAACAUCACCACAGGCAAGCCAAGGCCUGACAAAGUGUGAAUGUGAAGUUUCUUUUGUUUGUGUAUAUUCUCAUUCUUUUUAUAUAUAGUUUUGUUCCUUCAUUCUAAUUACAACUAACACAUUUACUUGCAUUCCUCUUAUGUUGUAGGGGUACAAAGCGGGCAAAAAUAAGUGAAAAAACCUUUGUGAGUGGUCAUGGUCUCUGAGAGUUGCCUCAUUGCUCUGAACCAUUGGCUGUUUUCAGAUAUCUCCGGAUUCACAAGGUGCACAAUCUCCAACAAUCUGUGACAGUAAGCAAAACAGACAAAUCAACACCAGUUUCACAAGUGGCUCAAUACGCACAGGUUCAUACUAACAAAGCUUUUAUGAUUUUUCUUGAAAAACAAAAACAAUUAACCUUUUUAUUAACAUUUUAAUAUAUGUAAAGUUGUAAAGUGUAAUUUACUGUAAAUAGCAUUUGGGGAACAUUUUGUAACAGAUACUAUAUGAAUAUACAUACAAUGUUUACAAAAACAAACACAAUAACGAUACACUUUGAGAAACAAUUUUGACUACAAACCGCUUCUAUUUGUGCCAGUCAGAGCAAAAGCAACUUUCAGAGUCCCUGCAUCCUCUUAGCACUUAUUGGAUGCUCUUAAAACAUUGCAAAGUGCUGGUGGGUUUAGUAUUUAUUGUAAAUUACCAUUAAUUUAUGGGUAAAUCCCUGAAAAUACUUUGGAAAUGUAUGGCACUUAAAAGAUGGCAGUGAUAGUUUUCUUUCUUUGCUUUAUACCCAUGUUUAUCAGUUUUAAGUUGGCUGUUUUAGGCUGUUGAACACAUUUCAAUCAUUGGCUGCCUGCUACUGUAAAAACAAGCCCACACAAAGCACAGCAGGGAAAUGAUGUGCAGCCACACAUGGGGGGCGGGGUCAGUUACCAUAAAAGGGGCUGAGCUUGGUAUGAUAAUAAGGGCUGGGUAGAACGGAUUAGGAGUAUGUAAAAGAGGUUUUGAGCAUGGCAAAUCUGACCUUGCUUUACCUGUUUGGUUGCAGUGAUCUCCUGGUUCUUUGAGUCUGAAAUCGUUGUACUUGGUUUUCUUAAGCUGUUUAAAACCGUUUUUUUUUAUGUUCCCCCUUUUCUCUUUUUCUUUCAUUUCCUCAAUACACAGGAACUUUGUAAAGAUGUAAAGAAAAGUUUUCCUGAUUUAUGAAAGAAAGGGAUGUACAUAAUGUAUCAAUUAAAGGAACGAUGCAUAAAGCUUGUA